GGACUACGUUUGGGACGACGUUGUUGUGGUUUCGUCGAUAAUUGUUACUUUAUUUUGGCAGUGAUGUAUUCUGUUGAGUGUUUUAGGACAUUUGUCAACGAGCGACUAGCUGCUGCUUCUGAAGAAAUAGUCGGAGUUUUCCAGAAAACUAUCGCCGAGUACAAAGAGGAGAUCGAUCGUCAGAGCAGACUGGUGGAAGUCGUUCGGAGACAGGAAAUAAAGAUUCACACGAUAGAUCUCCCAGAGCAACACGUCUGUAAGGAGGAGGCAGAGGACGAAGUGGAUGAGGAAGAAUCCUUUGAUGAGCAGGAGCAACCAGAGCCUCUGCAGAUAAAAGAGGAACCGGAGGAGCUAUGCACCAGUCAGCUGCUUAUAGUGAAACAGGAGAUUGAUGCCUUUAUCUUGACUGCAUCUGAUGAGGAAACUGAGCAGAUCCUCUCUCACAGCUCUCAUGUAGCUGAGUGCCAAGAUCAGGUAGAAGGCGAGCAAGCCUCAGGAUCCACUAGCAAUGCAGUGCCAAAACAGAAUCAACAUUGUGAAAGCGAAAGUCACAGUAACGAUGUAAAUAACAUAAACUUGUCAGAGAUGCACAGUGAUUCUCACACAGGUAAACAGCUUUUAAUAUGCGUCACAUGUGGAAGAGAUUUCAAAUUUCAAUCAUCACUGGAGAGACACCUGCUAAUCCACACAGGUGAGAAGCCAUUUUCAUGCAACCAAUGUGGGAAAGCUUAUAAAAGUAAUAGUCACCUGAUAAACCACAUCAGAACCCAUACAGGGGAGAAGCCAUAUUCUUGCCAAACAUGUGGGAAAAGCUUCUGUCGACCAUCAGAAUUGAAAAACCAUAUUAGAACACACUCAGGUGAGCAGAACCAAUUUCCCUGCAACACAUGCGGGAAAAUAUUCACUCAGAAAUCAGUAUUGAAAAUUCAUAUUAGAACCCACACAGGUGAGACGCCAUAUUCUUGUCAAACAUGUGGGAAAAGUUUCCGCUAUUAUGGUCACUUGACAGAACACAUGAGAAUCCACACAGGAGAGAAGCCACAUACAUGCAGCUUCUGCGGACGAGCUUUCAGGCUGAGAAGUAACUUGACAGACCACAUGAGAAUUCACACAGGGGAGAAGCCGUAUCCUUGCAGCUUCUGCGGCAAAGAUUUCAGUUCCAAAAGUAACUUGAGAAGCCACAUGAGAACCCACAAAGGGGAUAAGCAGUUUUCGUGCUGCUUCUGUCAAAAAGAUUUUAGAUCUAGCUGUAACCUGACAAGACAUAUGAAAACGCACACGCAGGAAGAGCUGUAUGACGUCAGCACAGAGGGUCCAGAGACUCAAGAGAAUCAGGAGGAAGCCAGUUAGGAAAACAUGUAAAUGGAUUGUUUAUUUAUCAUGAAAAUGUUCAGAAUGUACUUGUUCUUCUUUGAGCUGAAAAUAAGUUCAACAUUUUGAGGUGUUUUGUAAGGGUAAUCUACUGGUCAGGUCCACUCAAGAUCCAGCUGGGCUGUAUGUGGCCGAAUAGCUAAAAUUAAUUUGACACUAUAUAUAUGUGUGUACUAUUCAUAAACACUGCAUCAUCAAUGAAGCAUCUGGGGGUUAUGCCCUUGGAUGUAGUUCUACUUGUGAAAAACUGGAGCGCCCCAAUGCACACAAGUUUUGGCGUGUUUUGAAGGAUAUGUAACCACUGUCAUUUCAUGCUCUCCCGCAACAUUUGAAGUGAGGCACCAUUCAACAGACAUGGCAUGUUUUAUCGUAUGCCAUAACUUGCUAACAUGCUGGUAUGUACUGUAUAUAUUGAACUUCAACACUAUUGUGAACCCAAAGGCCAGACUUUGAACGGUUCGCUGAUUACUGUUGUUACAUGAUCAAAUAAAAUAAACAUUUCAUGGUU